AUGCCGGAGCUCGUGGCGAUCGUCAGAGCCCCCAGGGAGGCACUCCGGGGCAUGGUUGACGAAGGCGUGGCGAUCGGCGGCGGCUCGUCCAUCAAGAUCUUCCACCAGUCCUUCUACGCGGGUUGCUGUAUUGGUUUCGGUGGGCAUGCUGCGGCCGAGGACAACCCGACCCGUCAGGCGCUCUUCCCUGUGAACCUGCUGCUCAUCUUGCUCACAGGUGGGGUGCUGAUCACAGGUGCAGCUGCGACCGUGCCUGCGGCGGUGUGUGAAGGCAAGCUGCACUGGAAGCAGGUCCCCAGGACGUUUGCGCUGGCUUGGACUGGCAAUCUGCUUGGCGCCGUCCUCUCCGCCUUCUUUGUCGAGGCCUGUAACCUGAACGUGGGCUUGACUGCCAAGCUUGCGAUGAAGGUGGCGGAAAAGAAAAUCAAGGAGAAUUUCGUCGUCACCUUCCUGAAGGGAAUCGGCUGCAACUGGCUGGUGUGCAUGGCUGUGUUCCUGCAGGGCCAAGCGCAGGACAUGACCGGCAAGAUGGUGGGCAUCUGGUUCCCCAUCUCCUGUUUCGUGGCCAUCGGCUUUGAGCAUAUCCCUGCCAACAUGUUCAUGAUUCCACUGGGGAUGAUAGCCGGCGCCGACGUGUCCGUGUGGGACUGCCUCUGGAGGAACUUCAUCCCAGUGACCCUCCGGAACAUCUUUGCAGGCUCAAUCUUCGUGGGCGUUGGAUACUCCUUCGCCCUCGGCAAGCUGGGCAGCUCGCCGAUGUUCAACAUGCCCGCGAGGGAGCUGGGAGAGCCCGCCGUGCCGCGCCAGCGGCGCCUUCCUUGGCAAGCCAUGGCCGUCCAGAAGCGCAAGGCCGUGGCCAAGAGCGCCCAGGACGCCUUCGCCGCGGGGCCCAGGAAGGGCGCCAAGAGGGCCCUCGAGGAGGCCGCCGCCGCGCCCGAGGGGGAGCCCGAGGAGCAGCGGGCCGCCGAGGCCGAGGAGGAGCCGGAGGUGCAGGAGGAGGUCCGCGAGGAAGACCGCCUGGCCCAGCAGGAGGAGGAGGUCGCGGGUGCGCGGAGGAAGGAGCUGAAGGCCAUGGCGGCCUCCGACCUCAAGGACCUCGCGGUCGGCAAGGGCCUCGAGGCGGGGAGCAAGGGCGAGAACGUGGACGCCGUCCUGGCGGUAGAGGCGCGGGAGCGCGCGGAGCAGCGGGCGAAGGAGGCGCGGCUGCGCCUGGUGGUCGUGAGGAAGAAGGAGGAGCUCGAGGCCCUCCCCUUCGGCGAGCUCGUGGAGCGCUGCAAGGCGAUCGGCCUCGCCGGCAAGCUGACCAAGGAGAACCGCGUGCAGCAGCUGAUGGCCAAGUGGCAGCAGGACGACGGUAUCAGCAAGGGCCUCGCCGCCAUGGCCGUGCAGGAGAGGGAGGCCGCGCUGCACGCGAUGGAGAUCUCGGCGCUCGUCGAGCUCUGCGGCAGGGCCCAGAUCGACCCGCUGCUCAAGGAGGUGAUGGUCGACCGCCUCCUCAAGCACGAGUCCGCCUCUGGGCGCUUCGCACGGCCCGAGGUCCACGACGACGAGAGCAUGGAGGGCAAUGUCAAGGAGGGCAAGACCGACCUUGUGGACGCCCUGCUCGCCGACGAGACCAACCGGAAGAGGCAGGAGGAGCUCAAGAGGAAGGCGGAGGAGGCGGACUCCAACAGGAGGAAGGAGCUCCAGGCAAAGAGCGUCGAGGACCUGAAGAAGCUCCUCGCCAAGAAGGGGCAGGAGGCGACGGGCAAGAAGCACGAGCUGGUCGAGGCGCUCAUGACCAUCACCAGUCAGGAGGAGGCGCUGGCGGCGCGCAGGGCCAAGCUCCGGGCGCUCGGCCUCGACGAGCUGCACAAGCUGCUGUCCGAGCGCAGGGUGGAGGCGCCGAAGAGGAAGGACGCCAUGAUCGGUGCCAUCCUCGAGCACGACGAGAAGGCCCGCAGGGAGCUCGAGGUGCACAGGGCCAGGGCCGAGGAGGUCGAGGCGCAGAAGAGGGAGGAGAUGUGCGCCGCGAGGGGCCUGCGGCUGGGCAGGAGCGGCGAGGAGCGCGUGGCCGCGCUGCUGGAGGCGGCGCGCGCCGAGGGCGAGAUCGACAAGCUGGUCUCCAGCAGGCUCCGCGACGCGCGCAGGGAGGAGCUGCUCGCGAUGGACAAGGAGGCGCUCAAGACCCUCUGCGACGCCGCGGGCGUGGACGUGCUGGUCAAGGACGUCGUCGUCGAGCGCAUCCUCUCGCACGAGAGCGAGCACGGCCGCGUGGCCCUCGACGCCGAGGGCGGCAGGCCGCCGGCCAAGAAGGCGCGCUCGAAGAAGUAGGCCGCCAGGAGGGCCGCGGCCGCCGGCGGCCGCGGCGUGGCCUGCCGGCGCCCGCGGGGGGGGGCGCCUGUGGCGAGGCCGCCGCGGCCUGCCGCACGAGGCGGCGGCAGGAGGCCCGUCCGGCGCGGGCCUGGGGCAGUUCACUGCAGCGGGGCAUGCGGGCGCGCUCCGAGAAUUCGCACCCUCGCGGGGCGCGGGGGUGGGGCCGGGGCAGGUCGAGACCUGGGCGCCGGCAUCGGCGGGAGCCAGCUCCUC